AUGGGAGGAAACCAGUCGCUCCCCAAGAUCACCCCACAAGAUAAAGCGAUCCUUGAUCUCAAGUUACAGCGGGAUAAGCUCAAGCAAUAUCAGAAGAAGAUACAAGCCGUUCUAGAUCGUGAACAUGCGAUAGCCAAGGCUCAGAUGGCCGCUGGUCACAAGGAUAGAGCACUUAUCGCCCUGCGGCGGAGGAAAUAUCAGCAAAGCUUACUAGGGAAGACGGACGAGCAGCUGGAGAACUUGGAACAACUGGUCUCUACCAUCGAAUUCUCUCUCGUCGAGGUUUCUGUGCUUCAUGGAUUGAAGCAAGGGAAUGAGGUCCUGAAGGAGAUUCAUAAGGAGAUGAACGUAGAGAGUGUAGAGAAGCUGCUGGAGGAGACGGCUGAAGCCCGUGAAUACCAGAGGGAAAUCGGAAAAAUGCUGUCGAACAACUUGACGCUAGAAGACGAGGAAGCCGUUCAAAAAGAGUUACUGGCGCUCCAGCAAGAUAUCACUGCAGAAGCUACAACAGAGCUCGAACUGCCCAACGUGCCCGCUGCUGAACCUGUGGCAAGAACUUCAGAAGAGCCGGAACCAGCCCUUGUCAAGAAAGUGGCUAUCGCUGGAUGA